AUGGAACGGCCCUUAGUCAAGCGAACGUCGAUAUCGAACCGCGGGGACGACGCGACGUUCGUCCUCGACUGCGGGCUCGCCGGGGGCGACGACGGCGGCGGCGGCGUGUCGCUCCCGAACGCGCGCGCGGGCGAGCCGAUGAUUCUCUGCGCCGGCGCAGAUCGCGGCGUGACCGUGGUGAACGAAACGCGGAUGCGUGCCGUCGCUCGAUGGACGAACGCGAUGAAGGCACGUUCUAUCUUACACCGGUCCCUCCCCUUUGAAAUCACCGGCGCGAAAUUCUCCGCCGCGUCCCCGGACCACGUCUACGUCGCGUCCGGGCUGGACUACGAGCUCGUGUGCGGGUGCUGGACGAGGCAGGCGAUCGCGGGCGGGUUCUCGUUUCGCGGGGACUCGCGACUGUUGGGGAUGGCGACGAGCGAGGCGGGGGCGGGGAAGGAUAUCGUCGCCGCGUGGUGCGAGAGCGGGAAUCUCAUCGCGGCGAGGGUCGAGCGCGUCGGGGGGGUGCGUUCUACACACUGGUCCCCAUACGACCGCGUUCGCGUGGUGAACGCCGAUCCUUAA